AUGGAGGUUGAUCCUCCUGCUAGUGAUAGCGGUUAUGAGUCUGUCGAGAGGGAUGCUCGCGAGAUCCCCGGAGUGACCGAGAAGCAUCAAGACUUUGUGUUCCAUGCAAACAUGGCGUUUGUCACCUACACCCGCAGCCGGGUCGAAGACCCAGAGGAGUUCCACAGGUAUCUACGAGAGUCGCUGGCGCCGAGCCUGCCACGGGUUAACCGCAGGACUGGACAGGCAGGAACAGUACAGGUCUACGGCUGCAAGGAACUGCAUGAGGAUGGCACUCCCCACUAUCAUGUGAUGCUCAAGUUCGAGCCCCGCGUGCACUGGAGGAACGCCCGUGAAAAGUUCAGGGUCUGGAUUGAUGUAAAGGAUGGUCGUGAGGUGGACACGACGUCGAUCAACAUUCACAAGAAGCCGGAGAACGAGACGCCUGCGUACUUCCUGCAGUGCGUGCAGGCUUAUAUCGCCAAGGGUGGCGACGUCUUUGGCGAGUGGAUCGGUCCCAAGACGACGACGGCGUCGGAAAAAGACAAGUACUUGGAGCAGGCGGUUGAGACGGAGUCCCGCGAGGAGGCGGAGACGCUGCUCAAGACGCAUUUCAAGUCCUGGUGGACCGAGUGGGCUCUUUCCUUUGGUCGUCCAGCUCACAUGACGGGUGAGUGGAAUAUGGAUGAACUCAUGAAGCCGGACAUUACACAUGUUGUCCUCAACGAUAUCAAGUUGAGGGCUUUUCCCUACAAGCGUGACCUUGCUGGCUGUCAGGAGUACAUCACCGCCACAGGCAAGUACCGCGAGCAGCGGACCAUUCGCAUGGGUAUACCAGUCAUCUGGACUUGUAAUGAGGACAAUGAUGUUACCAAGGACAAGGAUAUUGGUCAGUAUUUGCUUGAGACAGCCGUGAUUUAUCGUGUGCCAAAGGGGAAGAUGUUGUAUGGGAAGUAG